CCGGCCCGGACCGGCGGCCGCGGGCGACAUGUCGUCGGGCCUCCGCGCCGCCGACUUCCCGCGCUGGAAGCGCCACAUCGCCGAGGAGCUGCGGCGCCGGGACCGGCUGCAGCGGCAGGCGUUCGAGGAGAUCAUCCUGCAGUAUAACAAGUUGCUGGAAAAGUCCGAUCUUCAUUCGGUGUUGGCCCAUAAGCUCCAAGCCGACAAGCAUGACCUGCCGAACAGACACGAGACGAGUCCUGGACACGAUGGAGCACGGAGUGACAGUCAGCUGCAGGAAAUGGCCCAGCUGCGGAUCAAGCACCAGGAGGAGCUCACCGAGCUGCACAAGAAGCGCGGGGAGCUGGCGCAGCUGGUGAUCGAUCUGAACAACCUGAUGCAGCAGAAGGACCGGGAGUUGCAGGCGAACGAGGCCAAAAUCGCCGAGUGUCUGCAGACCAUCUCGGACCUGGAGAGCGAGUGCCUGGAGCUGCGCGGCAAGCUGCAGGACCUGGAGCGCGCCAACCAGACCCUGAAGGACGAGUACGACGCCCUGCAGAUCACCUUCACCGCCCUGGAGGAGAAGCUCAGGAAGACCUCCGAGGAGAACCAGGAGCUGGUCACCCGCUGGAUGGCCGAGAAAGCCCAGGAGGCCAAUCGCCUGAACGCGGAGAACGAGAAGGAUUCCAGGAGACGGCAAGCCCGGCUGCAGAAGGAGCUCGCCGAAGCCGCCAAGGAACCGCUGCCGGUGGAACAGGAUGAUGACAUCGAGGUCAUCGUGGACGAGACCUCCGACCACGCCGAGGACACGUCGCCCGUGCGCGCCAUCAACAGAACGGCCACUAAGCGACUCUCGCAGCCCGCUGGAGGCCUUCUGGACUCUAUCACUAAUAUCUUUGGUCUGUCCGAGUCUCCCCUUUCGGGACAUGAUUCUUCUUCCGGUGCUGCCAGGAAUGCGUCGGCGGCCGUGUGCCUGAUCACGAGGCGCUCCGUCUCUUCCCUCCCCGCCCCCCAGGACAGCGUGGAGCCUCCCCCUGGCUCCGGGAAAGAAGUGAGGGUGCCGACCACCGCGGUGUGUGUCUUCGAUGCUCACGACGGCGAGGUCAACGCAGUGCAGUUCAGCCCGGGGUCCCGGCUCCUGGCCACCGGGGGCAUGGACCGCAGGGUGAAGCUCUGGGAGGUGAUCGGAGAGAAGUGCGAAUUGAAGGGCUCCCUCUCCGGCAGCAACGCGGGCAUCACCAGCAUCGAGUUCGACAGUGCCGGCUCGUACCUCUUAGCCGCUUCCAACGACUUCGCGAGCCGGAUCUGGACUGUGGAUGACUAUCGGCUACGGCACACGCUCACCGGGCACAGCGGCAAAGUGCUCUCGGCCAAGUUCCUGCUGGACAACGCGCGCAUCGUGUCCGGAAGCCACGACCGCACCCUCAAGCUCUGGGACCUCCGCAGCAAAGUCUGCAUCAAGACGGUGUUUGCCGGCUCCAGCUGCAACGACAUUGUGUGCACCGAGCAGUGCGUCAUGAGUGGGCAUUUCGACAAGAAGAUCCGUUUCUGGGACAUCAGGUCGGAGAGUAUCGUCCGGGAGAUGGAGCUGCUGGGAAGGGUCACGGCCCUGGACCUGAACCCCGAGCGGACGGAGCUGCUCAGCUGUUCCCGGGACGACCUGCUGAAGAUCAUCGACCUGCGCGUCAACGCCGUGCGCCAGACCUUCAGUGCUCCCGGGUUCAAGUGCGGCUCAGAUUGGACACGAGUGGUGUUCAGCCCCGACGGCAGCUACGUGGCGGCAGGCUCGGCCGAGGGCGCCCUGUACGUGUGGAGCGUGCUCUCGGGGAAGGUGGAGAAGGUUCUCGCCAAGCACCACAGCUCGUCCAUCAACGCCGUGGCCUGGGCCCCCUCCGGCGCCCACGUGGUCAGCGUGGACAAGGGCAGCAAGGCCGUGCUGUGGUCGGACUACUGACGCUCUGGGGCCGCGGGGCGUCCGCGCGGCGCCCCUGCCAUCGGCGGAUACACUACUGGCUCUGUCUUCCGUACCUCAGCGGGGCCGCCCGGCUCCCCGCUCCCUCCCUGGACGCCAGUGCCAAAAUCCCCGCGCCCCGGGACUCUGGGGACUCUGGUCCGGCUCCGAGCUGCCCCGCCCCUGCCAAGGACUGUGGCCCUGAAUGUGUCGCUCG